GCAAUUAAGUAUACAUUAAUUCAGAUCUUAGUAAAAUUCAGUACCAUCAUUUGCUGCUUCUGAUCUUCAUUUUGUCAGCUUUCCUAAUUCCUCAACUCUUAUUUCAGAUUCUUCCCUCCAUAUCUUAUGAGUGUUAAUCCGAAUGACCGGCGAUAUUAUGUCCGGCCUUAUCGAAGGUCUUCCUGAUGCCGUCGCCCUUCAUUGCCUCGCGCGAGUGCCCUUCUACUACCAUCAAAACCUCCGGCUUGUUUGCAGAUCAUGGAGGGCUGCUCUCUGCAGCCCCGAGGUCUUCAAGGCUCGUCGCGAAGCCGGCACCUCAGAGGAGCUUCUCUGUGUUCUUGCCUUCCACCCCGAAAACAUCUGGCAACUUUAUGACCCAUGCAGGGACCAUUGGCUAACCCUCCCCGUCAUGCCAUCCCAGAUCCGACACCUCGCCCGCUUCGGCGUGACCUCCGUCGACGGCAAGCUAUUCGUGCUCGGCGGAGGCAGCGACCGAGUCGACCCGCUCACCGGCGAUCAUGACGGCAUCUUUGCCACCAGCGAAGUCUGGUCCUACGAUCCCUUCUACCACGAAUGGUCUCGAAGAGCCAACAUGCUCGUUCCUCGUGCAAUGUUUGCUUGCUGCUCGCUGGAUGGAAAAAUCGUCGUCGCCGGAGGUUUCACCAGCUUCCGCAAAUCAAUUUCGAAGGCCGAGAUCUAUGACCCCGACACCGAUUCAUGGCGGUCUCUCCCCGAUCUUCGUCACACCCAUACCUCCGCCAGCUUCGGCGUCGUCAUAGAUGGCAAGAUCCAUGUUCUUCACAAAGGAUUAUCUGCAGUGCAGAUUCUAGAUGACGGCCAGCAAUGGCGCGUCGUGGAUUUCGGGUGGCUCCAAGGUCCGAUGGCCGUCGUUCGGGACGAGCUCUAUGUCCUCAACGGAGGCUUCAUUCUGAAGCAGAGAAAGGGGAGCAGUCAGAAGGAGAAGGAUGAUAAUACCUUGGUUGAUAAGUUGGUGUCUUCCUCGCCGGAAUUCAGAAGCCGAAUUGGAUUCGGAAUGAUUGGUCUCGGCGACGACCUGUACGUCAUCGGCGGGGUGAUCGGACCGGGGCCGACGAAUCAGUUGAUCAAGCAGCUUCGAGACGUCGAUGUUCUAUCGGUGAACACCAAAUGGCCGAUUUGGCGGCAGGCGUCGCCGAUGACUCGAUGCAGCGGGAGCAUUCUGGGCUGUGCUGUGCUCAAAAUUUGAUUCAUAUCUCUAUGUAGAGUGACAUUGUAUUUCUAUGGGGAAUUACAGAGAAGUAGGCAUUUUAUCAUUUUUCAUACUUUUAAAAAAGUGAUUUUUAUGUUGUUCAGGGGAAGUUUGAUUCUGAAAAUGAUGAUGAUUGUUGUUGUUGCUGUUUUAUUCAGUGUGAAUUUAUCAAUGUGGAGCAGAAAUUAAAACUUGAGGCAUUGGCUUUGUGUGUG